CAAAACCAUUAGGGUUCCUUCGUCUCUCUCUAUUUAACUUCUCAUUUUGCGCCGCCCAACAGCUUCUGCGUCACCCCACGAAGGCCUCUCUUCUUGUUACCUCGGCGAUUUGCGACUCUUCCCGGCGUUGUGAAAAUGGUUGCGGCAAAGAAGACGAAGAAGUCCCAUGAGGGAAUCAACAGCAGAUUAGCUCUGGUCAUGAAGAGUGGCAAGUACACUCUUGGCUACAAAUCUGUCCUCAAGUCCCUUCGCAGCUCCAAAGGUAAGUUGAUUCUUAUCUCUAGCAACUGCCCUCCUUUGAGGAGAUCAGAGAUUGAGUACUACGCUAUGCUUGCUAAAGUUGGUGUUCAUCACUACAAUGGUAACAAUGUCGAUUUGGGCACUGCUUGUGGAAAGUACUUCCGUGUCUCAUGUCUCAGCAUUGUUGAUCCUGGUGAUUCCGACAUCAUCAAGUCACUUCCUGGAGACCAGUGAUUCUGAUUUUUGAACGAGCUGUUAUGUUUUUGUUAUCCUAUCUCUCUGCUUUAUGAAACUCUUAUGUCUUCUUCAAAGAUGGUUAGGUUUGUCUUUGGUUUCUAAAACUCCUUAUGGUUAAUGAUAUUUUGGUUUCUCUAAUCUC